AUGAAUAUCGAAGAUCUUUACCAAUUAUUAAGGAAUCCACAAAACGUUGAUAUGAAUGAGUUAACUAACUCUAUAAAUACCUAUCAUUCAGAUGUAAAUUCCUUCGAACCACUUGUAAAUUUAAUUUUUACAACUCAAGACAACUAUUUACAAAAGCAAGCUACAAUUGGUUUAGGAAAAUGCAUGACGGUGAACAAGGAGCAGAUAUUAAUGAAUGAAGAAUGGACAAAUACCAUAUUUCAGCUUGCAUUUUUUCCAAAAUCAGACUUUGUUAGAGAAAACAUUAUCCAUUAUAUCUCACAUUGCAUAUAUUCACCAGACAUUACUGAACCUGUUUAUACGUACCUUAGAAAUUACCAAAUUAACAAUUUAAAUGAUUUACAGUCCUGCAUUCAAUUACUUAUCUUAAUUAUCAACGAUAUCGGUACAUCAAGUCUUGACAUCUCAGAUGCGAUCGAAUUUAUCAAAUCAAUCAUUGAACAAUCAAAUAAUUCAAAUUUACAAGAAAACUCAAUGAUUUUAUUUGCUAGACUAUCGCAAUUAGAAUCAAACGAAUACUGUAUUAACUUACCAUCCAUUUUUUCGAAUGCAAUCGAUAAUUUAUGUUUAAUUUCAAAUCAAAAUAAAAUUAACCAAAGUUUCAAAUAUUCUCAGUUCUUUUCUCAAUUCAUUGAAGAAGAGUUCCCAGGAUUUAUGAUGUGCGCUGAUGAAACAGCAUUAGAACAGCUAUUUCAAGUAAUUAAUGAAUCUUUUUCAAAAUUAUGCGAAUUACUACAAAAUAGUGCCAUCAAUGAAACAAUUCGUAGGAAUAUAGUCAAUAUUUGCGACUCAAUUUUGUCUUCUUUCGAUAAAAAUAAUUUUGAAAAUUUGAAACAAAUAAUUCCUCAAUUAAUUGGUUCAUAUUCAAAAUUUAUUUCAGAGACACAAAGUACUAAUGAUGAAGAAAUGAAUUUGGAGAUCGAUAAUGACUUUCAUUGUUUUAUUCCGUUUUUUGUUCACGAUGAAGAGCUUUUUUCAUAUAUAUUUGAGUUUGUCUCUGGUUUUGAAGCUUCUGUUGAACUGAUGUUCAUCAAAAUCAGCUUACUUUCUUCAACAUUUGAUGAAAAUUGCAAAUUUUACAAGGAAGAAACGAUAAAUUAUGUUUUAGAUACGCUUAAAGAGAGUUUGACAAGUGAUUCCGAGUUCUUAAGGUCUGUUUCUGCUUCUGCAAUCAGUAUUUUUUCACAAAAUUUAAAGAUUCCGGCUGUUGUCCAGUUAAUUCCUGAUCUAAUAGAAGUAAUUAGAUAUUCUCCAACACCUCAGUUCCUUAAUACCCUUAAUAGUAUCUUAGAAUCAAUGAAUAAGACAGAUUCAAUUUUUGAUUCGGUUCUUGGACUGAUUUCCGAGAUAAUUUCAUCGAACAUGCAUACGUUUUAUGCAUUCCAAUGCCUUGCUUCGCUUAUCAAAGGCUCCGAUGAAGUUAUUCUUUUCCAUAUCACUGAAAUUUAUGAAUACGUCAAGCCACUCCUUGAAAUCGAUGACAAUGGCGUAAAAAUGCUUGCUUUGUACACAAUUUCAAUACUAAUUUCAAUUUCUCCGGAAAUUUUUACUGAUGAAAUUUCAAAUAUUGCAAAUCUUAUUAUUGAAGACUUACAAACAGAAACACCAUCAUUUGAAUCGAUACAUGCUUUUACAAAAAUCUUCAGUUCUUGUGAUAAAUCUUUAUUUACCGAUAUCAAAAGACCGGUCUUUGAUAUGAUGAUGAAUCUUAUCAACAGUAAAAGCAAUGGUGAUGAUGUUUUCAACUUCGAUGGCGAAGAAAUUCCAGAAGAUUUGCCAAAUUUAGAAGAUGACACAGAUGAUUAUUCAGCAGGUGACAGCAUGAUCAUUGCUUCAGCUAUAACGCUUUUGUGCUUAAUUGCUGGCUCGGAUAUUAAUGGUUUUGAAGAUAAAAUUAAUGAUUUGUUUGAACUCCUUGAUUCGCAGCUCUCAUCAUUUAGUUCUGCUGUCAAAUCAUCAUGUGCUACAGGCUUGAGAACCAUUCUAGCAAAUAUUAAAGAAUUAAAUGAUAUCUCAAAUUUAAUUGUCUCAAGAGUAACAGAUCUUGUUCUCAGAGGUGUACUUUCAGCCUCUGAUCUCGACUCACUUCAAGAAUUCUUCAUUUCCCUUGGAGAAAUUAUUAAAUUCCACGAAUCUCACGGAAUUUCAUUGAAUGAACACAUUGACCAUAUAAAUUCCGCUGUUGAUAUCGCAGUCAAUGGAAAUCCGAUGAUUCGAGGCGGAGAUCAAGAAAAAUCCGAUAAAUCAUCGUUAGAUUUUCUUGAAAUUGUUUUAAGUAGCAAUGAAUUGCGUAGUUUAGUUCUUGAUCAAUCAAUUAUUCAAGAUAUCAUGAGAAACUACUUAGAUUCAGCCAAAAAUCAAACAUUUGCUUUUGAUUUCUUUUCAAAAUCGGUCUCUUUGUUGAAUCAAGAAACUCUUGAAGAAGUUCUCUCUUUGUGUUCUCAGAAUCCAUCAGCUUACAACAAUAAUGGUCAUGCUUUACGUUGUUUAUUGUCAAUUUCAGUUCAUUUCCAAAAAACCGAACUUUAUGAGUCGAUUUUUAAGUUUUCUCUUGAUUUAAUCAAAGAAUCCAAAGAGACAAACAACGAAGAACUUUCCAAUUCAUGCAUGAUUGUAUUCUCCAAGCUCCAGAAUGAACUAAAAGACUCAUUCCCAUACAAUGAACUGCCAAUGGAUUUACUGAGUUUUGUUCCAGAAAAAGAAUUAGAAAUUUCGAAUAUUUUGAUUGAUUUCUUUUUAGAGAUAUACAAUAGAGCACAGAUUGAUGCAUCUCCAUUAGUUAGGAUUAUGGCAUCAACACCUAAAUCUAUUGCAAAAAGAAACAUCUCUAAUUCCACUCUUCAAAAGAUAAAAAGAAUUCUUCAAAACAGUGUAAAUUCAGAAAAUUAUGAAGAACUCAUUAAUUCUGUUUUUGGAGAUGAAGCAAGCCAAUACAAACUUGCGCUGUUCACACAGAAUAUGCAAUAA